AUGCCAUCCCCGUAUGGCUGGAUUGUGAUCCUGGUCCGUACCCCUCUCAGCGACACAGAUAGCGUCCAAUCCGCUGACUUGUGUUCAGGGCAUGAUGAUGCUUUUGCGAUCCUCAUUGCUGCGCACCAUCCGUCGUUGAACCUCCUCGGCAUUACCACGAUCCAUGGCAAUGCUUCACUUGCCAACACCACCGCCAACGCAGGGAGUGUGCUGGAAGCCAUUGGAAAACCAGACAUACCGGUAUAUCCAGGCGCCAAAAAACCAUUUUCGAGACCCGCAGUCCAUGCGCCGGAUAUACAUGGAACCUCUGGUCUGGAUGGUACCGACCUCCUCCCCCAAGCCAGUCGACCUCCAGUGACGGACAAGAAUCCAAUCCUUGCCAUGCGCGACGCCCUUCUUGCCCAACCGAAGGGGACACCGUGGGUCGUAGCCACUGGAGCUCUGACGAAUGUGGCUCUCCUUUUUGCGACGUUUCCCGAAGUGGCAGACCAUAUCCAGGGUUUGAGUAUUAUGGGAGGUGCAGUUGGCGGUGGGUUUACAGAUGCUCCCAUGAGCCGGUUGCCUGGAGAAGAGUCAAGGAUUGGAAACACGACGCCGUGGGCGGAGUUCAACAUCUACGUCCGUUCCCCGUUUCGCCCUGGCUAUCUACAACUGAAGAAAUUGUGCGAUCCUGAAGCGGCUCUAUCCAUACUCUCAAACCCCAUCCUCGCGGCUAAAACGACCUUGAUCAGUCUGGAUUUAACGCAUCAAGUCCUUGCGACGCCAGCGGUGCAGGCCCGGAUCUUGGGCCAAGGACGACCUACCGGACCAUCGACUCCGAGCGUUCUCCGGCAGAUUCUGCAUGCUCUUUUGACGUUCUUUGCUGGGACGUAUAAGACGGUUUUUGGAAUCGACAGCGGUCCCCCGCUGCAUGAUCCGCUCGCGGUAGCCGUCAUUCUCUCGAAUCUUAACCCGAAUUUCGCAAAGGAGCAUCCAGACCAGGCCAUCAUGUUCGACGACAAGGAUGGAGAACGGUUCUCUGUGACAGUUGUGACAGACGGUCGCCAUGGGCAAGAUGUGUCCAUUACGGGACAACUGGGGCGGACAAUCGCCAAGCCGGUGGAAGGAAGGGGGGUUGCUAUUCCCAGAGGCGUGGAUACAGAUGCAUUUUGGGAUCUGGUGAUGUAUUGCGUGGACCGGGCGGAGCAAUCCAGCGCUGCUCGAGCUCAAUAA